GUUAUAUAUAGCCAUUGGAGAGUGUGGGUUCUAUUGCGCAUUGCUUCUGUGUGUUUUGUGAAUAGAAACAGAGACAGAGAGAGAGCAAAUGGGUGUGACCGGCAAAGCUCAUGGAGACACGUUGGCUAAGCAAGAGGAGUUCUCCUCCGGAGGCUUUGGAUCAACAGCAGCAAGCCCAUCAUUAUUUGCUGCUUCUUCUACUAGCAGCAUUAAUCAAUCUAGCAUAGGAUUGGCAGCAACUGGUCCAUCCGCAUUUCCUCCGCCCUUAUUUGUUGUUGCUUCUUCUAGCAACAUCAGUAAUCCAGCUAACUUUGGAUUGGCAGCAACUGGUCCAUCCGCAUUUCCUCCGCCCUUAUUUGGUGUUGCUUCUUCUAGCAACAUCAGUAAUCCAGCUAACUUUGGAUUGGCAGUAACUGGUCCAUCCGCAUCUCCUCCACCCUUCUUUGGUGUUGCUGCUUCUAGCAACGUCAGUAAUCUAGCUAACUUUGGAUUUGCAGCAAGUGGUCCAUCUGCAUUUCUUCCACCCUUAUUUGCUGCUGCUUCUUCUAGCAACAUCAGUAAUCCAGCCAACUUUGGAUUUGCUGCGGGUCCAUCCCUAUCUCGUCCAUCCUUAUUUGCUGCUUCCUGUUCUGGCAAUAGCAGUACCCAAGCUUUGUCUUGGCCUGCGUUCUUGCGGCCAUGUACCAGUUCUUUCAAUGUUUCCUCCUCUUUAUUUGCCGCAGAAAAUCCCACUGCAACUUCAAUGUCUCCUGUUUUUUGCUCCAGUUCUUCAAAUAUGACAUCACUUCCAAAACAGUCACUUUUUGCUCCUUCUUCAACUUAUAAUACCACUACUGGUUCCAGUCCUCCAGUGUUCGGGUGUGGGUUGAUUGUCAAUUCUUCCAGCGGUUCCUCCUGGGUUGCUCCUUCUUCAGCACCUUCCUACUGUUUCUUAAAUAUUCCAAGGUCGCAAACAGACUCUUUCCCUGCUCCAACGGCACCAUCUUCUUCAAUCUUCACCACAACAGCUACUGCCACUGUCUUGCCACCUAAAGACUCAUCGAACAAGCAGGAGUUCUCCUUUGGAGGCUUUGGAUCACCUGCAAGUUCAUCAACAUUUUGUGCUUCUUCUUCUAGCAUCAGCAGUACCCAAGCUAUGAGCUCUGGGUUCUUUCCAUUUACCAAUUCUGUCAACGCUUUCUCUUCUUCAUCUUCCCAGAUAAAUCCUCCUGCUGUUGGCUUUAGUUCCUCAAAAACCAAAUCAUCUCCAACGGAAGUUCUUUUUGCUACCACUCCCUCUUCAACUAUGGCUAGUCCUCAUGUUUCUAAGUUUGGGUUCUGGCCACCUAUCAAUUCUUCCAAUGCUCCUCCCUGCUUCGAUUUCUCUUGCACACCAUUACAUUGUUUUGCUAAUAUUCCAUCGCCGUCUCAAAAAGAUUCUCGAUCAGCUCAACAUUUUUCUUCUAUAUUCCCGACUGCUACAACCACCGCUAUCUUUCCAGCCCGUGGUGAGGAGGUACGAAAACCCGCAUCGCAUCUUUGCCUAAGUUGUGGACAGACAUUACUCUCUGGAAAUGUCUACAGUCCAACUCUUAGUUUUGACCAAUAUCGACCAUGGUGGUUGCAGUCAAUAUCUGCUAUGACCGAGAAUCAAGCCAAAAGCCAUGAAGAACUGAGAUGGGCUAAUCAUCUCUUGCAGGGAAAUGCCAAAGAUAAUGUUGCUCCAGUUGCUCAAUCAACCAUAUUGAACCAACCACAAUGGACUCUGCCAGUUAUGGUACUUCCAGUGAUGCCAUUUCCAACCUGGAGUACCCUGCCCUAUACCCCAGCUUCAGCAUCUACACUACCUGCAUUUUCUGCCAAUGGUGCUGCAUUUGGAUAUGCAUCCUCUCCAUCGUUUUCAGGCACGCCGAUGAUGCCAGCAGUGUUUAAUCUUUCUGAUAUGUUUCGCGGUGUUUAAGCAAGUUUUCGUUUUUGAAAUUAUUUGUAUUCUUUCCCGUUGAUUUUCUCGUAAACUCAUG